GCCGGCCCCGCUGCAGGAAGCGGAAGGCGGGCGGCCGAGCGGCCAGGCACUGCCCAGGCACUGCCCGCGCCGCGAUCCGGGUGUGCACGCGCCGCCGCCCGAGCCGAGCCCGGGGUGAGCCCGCGACCGCACCGCCGGCUCCCGCGCCCGCGCCCGCGCCCGCUCCCCAGAGCCAGUCCGCGCUGCGAGCCGCGGGGUGCUCGCCGCGCCGCGCCCCCGGCGCUGAGACGGAGCCGGAGAGACGGUGGCGUUCCUUUCUUGUAGGGCUUUUUGGCUGUUGGCGACACUGAUGUGACCCCCCCCCCGGAAUGAUGGGGACCUUUUUGGCGUAUGUUGGAUUUGUUUUCUUUUCCGUUUUAUAUGUGCAGCAAGGGCUUUCUUCUCAAGCAAAAUUUACCGAGUUUCCGCGGAACGUGACGGCAGCCGAGGGCCAGAACGUGGAGAUGUCCUGCGCUUUCCAGAGCGGCUCCGCCUCGGUGUACCUGGAGAUCCAGUGGUGGUUUCUGCGGGGGCCGGAGCACCUGGAGCCCGGGGCCGACGUGCCCGGGGCACAGGCGGAGCUGCUGCCGGACCGGGACCCCGAAGGCGAAGGGACCAAGAUCAGCACAGUGAAAGUCCAAGGCAACGACAUCUCUCACAAGCUUCAGAUUUCCAAAGUGAGGAGAAAGGACGAGGGCCUGUACGAGUGCAGGGUGACCGACGCCAACUACGGGGAGCUUCAGGAACACAAAGCCCAGGCCUACCUGAAGGUCAACGCCAACAGCCACAAUCGCAGGAUGCAGGCCUUCGAGGCCUCGCCCAUGUGGCUGCAAGAUAUGAAGCCUCGCAAGAACGUCUCCGCGGCCGCUCCCAGCGGUGUCCACAGCUCUGCCAACCAGCCGGCGAUCUCCACGUCCAGCCCUCAAGCGGUAGCCAAAAUCCCCAAACAAAGUCCACAAUCAGGUGCGAGGAUGGCUACAAGCCAUGGACUUUCUGUCCUGCUUCUUGUUUGUGGCUUUGUGAAGGGUGCUUUGCUUUAGUCUAAAGUGCUGACUUUUUUCCAAUAUCACUUUCUCUUCUUAAAGCAAAGAGCAAAUCGCCUGUAAAAUCUACGGAGCGGACAGCAAAGUUGACCCUAAACUCCAAGCACCACUCUGCACCCACUGUACUUCUCUAAUUACCUACACACGGAGCGCCUGCUUUCGGAAGCGUAAACGAAGAGGUUAUCUCACGCUUUGUUCAUAACAUUUUCUUGGGCAAAUCACAGAUCUUUCAUUUCAAGAGAAUUAGUGUCCAGGGAUAGGACGUUUUCCAAUAGCAAGAUCCAUUUUUUUCCCUUUUCUUUCGCCUACUCAAAGCAUCAUCUCACUGACUGCUCAGGGGUUGGCCUGACUGUCCUUGGUAGAGGGAAUAUUUCCGACAGAUUCCGCUGAUCUCCUACCAAAAGACCCAGUAUCUGCAGGAAGUAAGCAGACAUCGAAAGGCUACAGAACAUAAACAAUCGUCAAACACACCCCCUGGUUUGUUUGGGGGCAGGAACAAAAGUAUCAACACAACGAGUCAACAAGGAGAACAUCAUUUUAAAUAAGAAGUAAUAAAGGAUUUUUUUUUUUAAUUUUCCCUUUUUCUUGGGUUUUUCUCCUUUUUCUUGAUUACAGUUCUUGUUCAAUGGUGACAAGUGCUGAGUCCGGCCAGUCCGUGUCAAUCCUGGGAGGUUUCUCUAAAAGCAUUUGAGUGUUCUGUAUUUCAGUGCAUUUUAAUUCAUUUUGCAAUUCUUGUAUAUGCAAAUGACAAAUUCUGUAAAUUGCUUAUAGUAUGUGUGAUAUAACUUCAAAGUAGAUAGACUCUGAGCCUCACGCAAGCUGGUUUUUAUCAUUCGCUAUAGAAAUAUAUACAAAUAAAUAUCUAUACGUUGGGCAUCCACCAAACUUUUUUGGAUAAAGCAUUUCUUUUUCACUUACGAUUCCUAUAUUGUGGGGGUUUUGUAAUGCAUCGUUUCACUUCCACAGGCUUGACCGUUGCAGGUGGUCUCUGUUGCCCUCUGCUUCCUUCUGGAAAAUGCACAUUCAAAAUCAUAUCAGUCUCUGAGAAAUGAAUUAAUUUUGUGUGUGUACGCUGUGUUGGAGUUUGCUAUGUUCCUUUAUAUAUGGUGUUUAUUGCGGUUUGAGGAUCUUUUGACUCUGAAGAAUGUACGCCUCCGGUUUGACAGCCACCUCUGUCCUCUCCUCGUUGCUAUUGUCCAAAACAAUGUUGCUUCUAGAAAAUCUGCCUUCGCGCAGUGGAUACGGGGAGGUGACGUGAAUUCAAGGAAGAACACUUCUCGCUGUGGCUUAAAAAAUGCUGCUUCCUUUGACCUUUAUGAACUUUUGUAGCUUUGUCAUUCUGUUAUUCGCUGCUAAUUAUAUUGUAAUGUCUCCUAAUUAAAAAUUAAAAUUUGGCUGUUGGCUAAAUGGAGUAUGCAAAAGAUGACCGCACAUCCCCGACUAAAGAAGAUCAUGUGUUCAGUUCUCACAGUUAAGUGAAUUAUAAUUUUAAAUAUUCCCUUCUUAUUUGGGGCUUUGUGAGAAUUCAGGCUGUUUUAUUUAGAACCUGCUUUCUGCUCUGGCACCUCUCAGUGUGUUCCAUGUACACGGUGGAACACAGACGGUUGAGAGAGAAAUGACCUCAGUUUUCCUUCCAGAGAGAUUCUUCCCUUUUCUUUCACAACACACCAGGAGAGCAUCUCUGUAGGACAGUCAGCACGGAGCCUAAGGUCCUAGACUUGAAGCUUGAAGGCACUGAAUAAAUACCUCUGCUUUUCAAAGGUAAAUGCAUUGGUUUUCAGUUCCAAGCAAUGUGCAUAUUUUCGUAAUGGUCUUGACAUCGUCUUCCGAGAAAUAAUAUUUCAUGCUAAGUCUUACAUUGACAUUUUUCUUGUUCAUUCGGUUUAUCAUUUCAGUCUAAUGAGAAAAAUAAAUAAAAGAUUUGAUUGCGCUAUUUUAUUAACCUAGAAAUUUAUUUUCUCUCCAAGUUUAAUGGUCAAAAAGCAUAAAACAAUGAUAAGAUAAAGAUGGUUUCCUAAGUCUGUCUGGACUCUAAAGACUGCAUACAUUCAGCCUAACCUUACAAAGUUAUGCUCCCCCAGAUCAGUCAGGCCGGGGAAGCCUGCGCGGAAUUUACUUUUACCCAAAGUUCAGGUGAAGUCGGUCAGUUCUAAAGCAGGACAGACCCACGUUCGUUUCGCUGGUGGUCGCCGUGCUGGCUCAUAGCGAAGGCCCUUACACAGCCGGAGAAGAACCCUCGCGACGCGUACUGUGCCGGGGCCAAUAUAACACCGAUUUCUCCGUAGUGUGCUGCCAGGAGCCUGACUCCUUGGAUUCGAUGAGAAAGACCAUAUGGUGUACACAGUCUGUGUCUCCAAACACGAAAGCUUGCUGUGGAAUCUUAAACACUGGAACAGAACCUAAGACACAGACGAGAGAUGCCUGGGGGUUUUCGCCUUCUAUUGUGUGUCUCUGAGAAUGUUACUUGGUUUGUAACCAUGACUACAGAAACAAAUAAAGACUGAAAAAUAAGUCCUUUGACUGUUCAACCUUGAUUCCCAAGGUUAUAUAAUAUUUUUAUAAGAGGGGGUCCCAAAAUGUUCAAAUUGCUUAAAUGAAUUCAAAUCAAAUUCUUUAGUUCUUUCUUAAAGACUUAUGAGUUGCUUCCAAAUGAAACAAUGCAAGUGAAAACACUUGAAGAUAAAACAAAAAUCAUCUAAGACAGGAUCUCUUACUCUGAGUUCGUAGAUAACCUUGGUGGAGUCCAGGAACCCACUGAAACUGUAUGCAUAUUUUUGCAUAUCAAUACUAGUUUUAUGGAGAUGACCUUUCAUGUCCUUUGAUUUUUGAAAGUGGCUGAUUCACUGGCCUAAAAGAAGGCUCAGAUGUUUCUGAGCACCUAAAAGGACCUAUUUAUUAUAAGGUUGAACUAGUUUACCUUAAAGUUCUUGAAGCAGGACAUGUUUGGGGAAAUCGGAUAUGUACUAGCAAAGAAAAGGUAAAUUUUUAAAUCUAGGAAAGUUUUAUUAUUUUUCUCAAUAACAGAUAUGGAAUGAUGUUGAAUUUUUAGAACAAGCAUUGAGUUUAAAAUAUAAUUUUACAAAACAUACGCAGAUACCAUUCAAAUAAGUGGUCCUGGUAUUGAUUCUACAUAAAAGACAAAAUAUUCCUACAUUCCCAUUGUGGCUUGCAGGUUAAGGACCCAGCGUAGUAUCUGCGAGGAUGUAGGUUCGAUCCCUGGCCUCACUCAGUGGGUCAAGGAUUCAGCAUUACAUAGGUUGCAAAUGCAGCUUGGACCUGGUGUUGCUGUGGCUGUGAUGUGAGCCUCCAGGUGCAUCUCCAAUUCGACCCCUGGCCUGGAAACUUACAUAUGCCGCAGGUGCAGCCAUUAAAAAUAAAUAAAUAAAUUUAACUUAGUGGUAAUUGCCCUGAAGAAAAAAUAAUUGGAAAGGGCAGAUGCAAUUUGUCUCAGAUAAAACGUAAACUCUGAUGAUCGCAUCUCAGAAUUAAGACUGCGAAGCUGCGAAAUGGGUAUGUACAUGAUUUCAGAUAUUAAGCCUAAAUCAUUUUAAUUUGAGAAUUCCUCAUUAAUGAGGGAAGUAGUCUGUUAUUCAGGCGGCGUCACAGACAGCACAGUUUCAGGGCUGGAAAAGAUAAAGACCCUCUCCUCCGCCAAGGGAGAGACAGAAAACAAACAGAAGAAAAUA